AUGGAAGGCAUGCAGGCUACCGGCGACGAGCUGUAUCCCAUCGCGGUGUUGAUGGACGAAUUGAAGCACGAUGAUGUCUUGCUUCGAUUGAAUGCUAUCCGUCGACUAUCUACGAUCGCUCUCGCGCUGGGAGCCGAAAGAACAAGAGACGAACUAAUUCCCUUCCUGGACGAAUCGGUUGAGGAUGAGGAUGAAGUUUUGACAGCUUUGAGCGACGAGCUUGGAGGAUUUGUGGAAUAUGUCGGAGGGCCAGAGUUUGGUCACGUCUUGCUAUCUCCCUUAGAAAACCUCGCUGCCAUCGAAGAACCUCUUGUUCGCGACAAGGCUGUCGAAUCCCUGAACCGAAUCUGCGCUGAACUCUCACAAGAACAAGUCGAAACCUAUUUUAUCCCUCUCAUCAUCCGUCUUUCGAAGGCAGACUGGUUCACCUCGAAAGUUUCGGCCACAGGCCUCUAUAGUGCUGCUUACGACAAAGCCACCCCUCCCUCCCAAGAAAGUCUUCGAGCUCAAUUCGGACAGCUUGUUCACGAUGAUACGCCGAUGGUUAGGAGAGCUUCCGCAACGGCCUUGGCCAAGUUUACAAAGCACAUGACCGCUGAAAUUGUUAUCGCCGAAAUCCUUUCUUUGUUCCAACAUCUCGCACAGGACGAUCAGGAUAGCGUCCGUUUGUUAACCGUCGAGAUCCUCAUAUCCGUUGCCGAGGUCAUCCCACAAGACCAACAGGCCACCCACACAAUCCUUCUUACAACUUUGCGAAACCUGAUUGGCGAUAAGAGCUGGAGAGUUAGAUAUAUGGUAGCUGACCGCUUCGAAAAGCUCGCCAAGGCAGUUGGAGAAUCAGUUGUUAGGGGGGAUCUUGUUCCGGCUUUCGUCAAGCUUCUUAAGGAUACAGAGGCGGAAGUCCGUACCGCUAUUGCCGGACAGAUACCCGGCUUCUGUGGGCUUCUCGAUAGGGAGACCCUGUUGAACGAGAUCAUGACUAGUGUUGAGGACCUUGUUACUGACUCCUCCCAGCACGUCAGGGCUGCAUUGGGUACUCAGAUCAGUGGACUCGCCCCGAUUCUCGGGAAGGAAGAGACUAUCUCGCAUCUAUUGCCUAUGUUUUUGCAGAUGCUUAAGGAUGAAUUCCCUGACGUUAGACUGCAUAUCAUUUCGAAGCUCGAGUUGGUCAAUGAGGUUAUUGGCAUAGAACUCCUUUCACAAUCUCUCCUACCUGCCAUUGUUCAGCUUGCGGAAGAUAAGCAGUGGCGUGUUCGCCUUGCGAUCAUCGAGUACAUCCCUUUGCUUGCUUCGCAGUUGGGCGUUGAAUUCUUCGAUGAGAAACUCGGAGGACUUUGCAUGGGAUGGCUCGGCGACACUGUCUUUUCUAUUCGGGAGGCGGCCACGCUGAACCUGAAAAAGCUUACUGAGGUUUUCGGCGUCGAGUGGGCUAAGAGUACGAUAAUACCGAAGGUAAUGAAUAUGGGUACUCACCCUAACUACCUCUACAGAAUGACCACUUGUUUCGCUAUCAGCACAUUGGCACCCGUUGUCUCGCUUUCUGUUAUUCAAGAGAACAUUUUGCCGGUCAUCACAGGUCUCGUCGAGGACCCCAUUCCUAACAUCCGUUUCAACGUCGCCAAGUCCUACGGCGCUCUUCUUGAUGUACUCCGAAGCCUUCCAGAGGACGGUGGCCCACUGCCCAAUGGUAGCGAAAUUGCUCCUGUUGGAACAGAGCCAUCGCCAGCCGCUUUAGAAGUUAUCCAGAAGGACAUUGCUCCAGCUCUGGAGAAGCUACAGACAGAUGAGGACAUUGACGUCAGAUACUUUUCAAGUCAGGCAGCCGCAAAGCUACCGGAUGCCAUGCACACCAGCCCGUAA